GAGCUCUCGCCCUGGGCCCUGGGCUCACGGGUGUCUUUGCUGGAAAGGACGUGUCUUCUGCGGGCCACCCUGGCUCGGGGCACAGCUCCUCUCCCCUUGGCCUGCGCUCACUGGGGUGGGUUCGGGUUGAGGGGGACGAUGCGGCCGGCAAAGGGUGGAGAGUGGCGCCCAGUGGCUCCCGCGGCAGCUGUGCUGACCCGGCACCCCCAGACGCUGCCUCCGCAGAGAGUGUGUACAGGGACACCAGGCGGCCCAGGCUGAGUGGCCCUCAGUCGUCUCCACGCCUGGUUGGGUCUUGGGCCACUUCAGAAGGAGGACCCUUGUGCCUCCCCUGUGGAAUCGCAGGGAUUUCCUGAGCCCCUGCUUCCGCUGUGCCCUCCGGUCUGUGCUGGGGAGGGGGUGCGGGUUACCUGUGGACAGGUUGCCAGAAUGGGGUCAGUCCUGGGGCGGGAUGCCAUGGCAGCUGUUACGUGGUGUGGUCUCAGCCUUUCGGGACAGGCCCCUCCUGGCAGCCGCUGUGCCCUCGGCUGGGGUGAAGGUCCUGUGGGUGCAGAGGCCCAGGGAGCCCCGGCGUGUGCUGCUUCCUGCCUGUGUUAGGCCUGUGGGUCCCACGCCCUGGCCAGUGAUGGGCUGGGGGGGCUCGCCAGGGGCCGGGGUCGGGGCGUGCCCCUCACACCCUCCCAUUAGCUCCCACCCGGAGAGCCUCACUGGUCAAAAACGAGGCCAGCACUGGGAGGGAGAUCCCAGCUCCACUCGCAUGCCCAGCGUCCUUGUAGCCUCUUGUUAUCCUGUUUAAGGUCUUUUUGUGGGGGAAGGAAAGGCACCUUCCGCUUCCCACCCUCACUGUUGCUCGGGACGAUGCCUGAACACAGGUGAUCAGGUGUGAGCCGCUGUGGCCUCGUGGACAACGGGGGAGUUCUCAAGAGUGACAAGGCCAGGCCGGCAGGUCAGAGCUGUCCUGCUGGUUGUGAAGGCAGAGCUCGUGACCUGUGUGUUGAGAAGCUUCUGAAAGGGAGGAUGGCUUGGGAAGCAGCCUUGGGAGUUUCUGGCUUCCUCCCUGGUGUCCUGGAGCCAGGCCCUGCCCACCUUGCUGGCACUGGGCCUGUGGUCUGGGCCGAGGCAGCCCGUCCGGAGGUCUGGCUGCACAGCAGGCGUCCCUCCUGGGCUCCGGGCUGUGCAGCAGUGUCCCAGGGGGCCAUGUGGCCCCGUCUGCCGAGCCCCACGUGGGUUCGGCCAGGCCAGGCCGGCUCCUAGUGAGCUGUGAUCGUCCACUGCACCUUUGAAGGAAGGCCCCCUGCCCACGACGGGUCGCUCAGAAACAAGCUAUGGGAAGAGGAAAAUGCAAAAAGCGAGGCGACGGCUUGAAGAUGGAGAAUGACCCCCAGGAGGCGGAGUCUGAGCUGGCCCUGGAUGCCGAGUUCCUGGACGUGUACAAGAACUGUAACGGGGUGGUCAUGAUGUUCGACAUCACCAAGCAGUGGACCUUCAACUACAUCCUCCGGGAGCUGCCAAAAGUGCCGACCCACGUGCCGGUGUGCGUGCUGGGGAACUACCGGGACAUGGGCGAGCACCGGGUCAUCCUGCCGGACGACGUGCGCGACUUCAUCGACAGCCUGGACAGACCUCCAGGUGCCUCUUAUUUCCGCUAUGCUGAGUCUUCCAUGAAGAACAGCUUCGGCCUGAAGUACCUUCAUAAGUUCUUCAAUAUUCCAUUUUUGCAGCUCCAGAGGGAGACGCUGCUGCGGCAGCUGGAGACCAACCAGCUGGACAUGGAUGCCACGCUGGAGGAGCUGUCGGUGCAGCAGGAAACCGAGGACCAGAACUACGGCAUCUUCCUCGAGAUGAUGGAGGCUCGAAGCCGUGGCCACACAUCCCCGCUGGCAGCCAACGGGCAGAGCCCGUCCUCAGGCUCCCAGUCACCGGUCGUGCCUCUGAGCGCCAUGUCCACAGGGAGCUCCAGCCCCAGCACACCCCAGCCUCCUCCACAGCUGCCCGCCAGCGCCCCCUCAGCCUGCCCCACCCCGCCAACCCCUGCGGCCCCCUUGGAGGCCCCUGCCCCACCCCCGAGGCGCAGCAUCAUCUCCCGUCUGUUUGGGGCCUCCUCGCCUGCUGCCCCGGCACCUUCCCCUCCAGAGCCAGCCCCUGUGGCGGAGGCCCCCACAGAGGUCCAGAAUGUGGAGGACUUUGUUCCUGACGACCGCCUCGACCGCAGCUUCCUGGAGGACACAGCCCCCUUGGAGGAUGAGAAGGGAGCUGGAGCCAAGGCCCUGCGGCAGGACAGUGACAGUGACGGGGAGGCCAUGGGAGGGAACCCCAUGGUGGCAGGUUUCCAGGACGACGUGGACUUCGAAGACCAGCCACGUGGCAAACCCCUGCUGGCCUCAGGCCCUGUCCCCAGUAAAAACGUCACUCUGUCCAGCGAGGAGGAAGCAGAGGUGCCAGACCUCCCCCGAGUUGCUGCCCCGGCCCCCCAGCAGUGCCCAGAGCCAGAGACGCAACGGUCCUCUGCAAAGGCCUCGAGGCCACAGAAGGGGGCAGUGCCCCCAAAGGCCGAGGCGCCCCCCUGGCCGGGAGGUCCCCCUGUGUGCACAGGGCCCGAGAAGCGCAGCAGCACCAGGCCCCCCACUGAGAGCUGUUCCCGCGGGCCGGAGGAAGGCAAGGCCCCGCAGGCGUCCUCGUCAGAGAGUGACCCCGAGGGGCCCAUCGCAGCACAGAUGCUGUCCUUUGUCCUGGAUGACCCCGACUUCGAGAGUGAAGAGUCGGACACACAGCGGAGGGGGGACGAGUUCCCGGUGCGAGAUGACCUCUCCGACACGACUGAGGACGAGGGCCCUGCCCAGCCACCGCCGCCCCCCAAGCCCCCUGCCCUCACCUUCAAGCUGAAGAACGAGGCGGAUCUCUUCGGGCUGGAGCUGGAGGCCGUCCCCAAGGACAGCAGUGAAGAGGGUAAGGAAGGCAGACCGCCCUCCAAGGAGAAGGAGAAGAAGAAGAAGAAAAAGAAAAGCAAGGAGGAGGAAGAAAAGGCUGGGAGGAAGAAGAGCAGACACAAAAGGAGCAAGGACAAGGAUGAGGACAAGGACAAGGAGGAACGGCGGCGGAGACGGAAGGCCCCCCGCAGCAGGGAGAAGAAGGCCGAGGAUGAGCUGGAGGCCUUCCUGGGCGGCCACCACCCUGGCGGUGGGGACUACGAGGCGCUCUAGCCCUGGGCUGCCCUGUGCUCACUGCUGCCUACGGGAGGCCUGUGCCCGGCGGCCUUUGUGGUCAGCGGCCCCUGGACUGGGCGCUGCAGGUGCUGGGCCUCCGGGCCCAGCGUGAGCCUGCCCUGCAGGGAGGGAGGGGACAGCUGAGCUCAGCUGGGCUCAGAGGAUGACUGGCCCUCUUGGGGCAGAGCCACAGCCAGUCCCCAGCAUUUCUCAGGGAAUUGACUGAGGCGGAGGAGGGACCCACCAGGGUCUGUUUACAGAGGCAGGGCCCGGGGCCGCUUGGCUUCUCGGACACCCACCACCUAGCGCCCGCUGCUGCUUGCCCUCCCGAGCUCACCCAGGCCUCAGCAUGCCGGCAGCCCACUCCCAGCCAUGAGGCUCGGCUGCGGACAGCCCCACAGCUGGCCCUGAGCACAGGCAUGCAGCCUUGCAGGAGGGUGAGGCAGGCAAGACGGUAUCCCUGGAGGUCUCUCCUGGGGGGAGUGCUUCCAGGGACGGUCUUCCUGCCGUGGCCCCAGUGCGCACCCCUGCUCAGGUGAGCCCGCAGGCGGGAGCUGGGAGGCUGCUCAGACACUCCACCCGGACCAUAAAGCACUCCUGUUUUACUGC